AACUGCGGUAAGUCGCGAAUUCCACAAGUUUGUGAAAAUAUCCAAGUGUUUCCUCUUUUGUUAAAGACAUUUUUACAUUUAACCCUUGCCAAUUUUAACAUCAAUUUGUCUAUUCACUCAUGAUGUCUGUGUGGAAACUUAAAAGGAAUCCUUUAGUUAUAAUAAGUCAGUUAAGGAAAAUCUCAACUGAGAGAAACUCCCCUUGCAAUGCGAUGCUGAAAUCUAAGACUCCGAUUACUAAUGUGAUACGUCAAGUGCGAACAAGCUGCAACUACCAUCAAGAAAUCAAAGAUGACUUCAGAUUAAUGAACUUUGUUGAAAAAACUGUAAAUUCUUAUGGAUAUCUAGAAAUGUGCAAUCUAGAUUUGGAUGUCUCAAUCAAACCUACCUGCCCAGAUAAAUAUCCUGAUAUGAAUAAAGCCAUCUGUAAAUUUUAUUCCAAGAUAGAAGACACUCCUCCUCAGCUCAUUCAUGAAGAUGAAAAAUUAUCUAUUAAAGGAAAUAAGGUUUAUCAAUCCAAGGAAAGUCACUGCUCUAUCGAGAUUCCAAUGAAGUAUCAUGUGGAUUCUUCCAAUAUUUUGGGACAAAAUUCUGUAAAAGUUGAAUCACUAGAAUCUCCCUCAAUCAGAAUCACCACUGGAACUGGUGACAUCACUUCCAAAAGCAUUAAAGGCGAUUUCAUAAGUCUACUCAGCCAAACUGGAAACGUAAACUGCCUUGGAUUGUCUCAAGGAAGAAUCACCAUCCAUAGUGGCAGUGGGGACAUUCACGGCUACAAAUUCCAAGGUCCUACUUUGAAAGUCGCCACAAACUCGGGGAACAUCACCGCAGAAUCUGUCUAUUCGGAUGAGUCGCAAUUCGUUUCGGCGACUGGAAACAUUACGCUCAAAAAUCUGCACAGAAAAUGCAGCGUGAAAAUCACCAGCACUGGAAAUUUGAAUGCUUCUGGAAUGGAUGGCAGUUUGGAUGCUCAGUUAGGCCAAGGCCAGCAUCAAAUUCAAAUCAGCCAACUGCAAGAGGACUCGUGUGUUCGCAUCGUUAACGGCUCGCUGACUCUGAAAGUUCCAGAAGAUUGCGCUUUUGGCAUUCGUGUCACAGCUCGAUCCAUCGCCAUCACUCCGGAAAAAAUGAGGAUCGGGCACCUAAUAACAACUGACGACUCAUGUUUUUUCGAAUAUCGAACGCACGACGACAGCCACUCGAUUAUCGAGAUCGACGGCAAGAACAGCAACGUUGUGAUAGAGAACGAGGAUUGGUUCGCCUCUUUGGGUCUCGAAUGGCAGAAAUAAUAAGUAAGAUUGUGUGUUUCCAGGUUAAUAGGUGUAUUGUAUCUAGAGAGUGGACUAAUAAACACAAUUUCAUCUA